CUUUAAAGCCUGAAUGGUUUCAAUGAAUGGUUAAUAAAAUAUUAAUAAUAUAUUUAAAUAAUGUUUAGAAAUGAUAGUUAAGUCCUAUAAUUGUGUUUUUAUGAUUGAAGGAAACGGCGAAAUUCAAUGGACUUUCUCUCAGGUCAAAGGAACUCUUGAGGACGAAGUGACCGAUGCCGAUAUCAUUUCAUGCGUCGAGUUUAACAGCGAUGGCGAGCUGUUGGCCACCGGAGACAAAGGCGGACGAGUCGUCAUCUUCCAAAGGGACCAAUCGGUCGGUGAUUCGGUGCCGAACAACCGAAGAACGGAUUACAACGUCUACAGUACUUUCCAAAGCCACGAACCAGAGUUUGAUUACUUAAAAAGUCUUGAGAUCGAAGAGAAGAUCAACAAAAUCCGAUGGUUGAGGCGUAAGAAUGCGGCCAACUUUCUGCUGUCCACCAAUGAUAAGACGAUUAAACUGUGGAAAGUGUCGGAACGGGACAAACGCAUCGACGGCUACAAUCUGAAGGACGACAGCGGGCAGUUGCUUAGGGACCCCAACUCUGUCACAGCCCUACGGGUGCCGAUCCUCACGCCUAUGGAUCUCACCGUCGAAGCUAGUCCUCGAAGAAUCUUCGCCAACGCACACACCUAUCAUAUAAACUCGAUUUCCGUCAACAGUGAUCAGGAGACAUACCUGUCCGCCGAUGACCUCCGCAUCAAUCUCUGGAACCUCGAGAUCACAGAUGAGAGCUUCAAUAUCGUUGACAUAAAGCCAGUCAAUAUGGAAGAGUUAACGGAAGUGAUAACGGCAGCCGAAUUCCAUCCGUCACAUUGUAAUCACUUUGUCUACAGCAGUAGUAAAGGGAUUAUCCGAUUGUGUGAUAUGAGAGCCGCCGCUCUCUGUGAUCAACACGCAAAGAUAUUCGAAGAGCCCGAAGACCCGACGAAUAGGAGUUUUUUCUCCGAAAUAAUAUCGAGUAUUUCUGGCAUAAAGUUCUCAAACAACGGCCGAUAUAUGAUAUCUCGCGACUACUUAUCAGUGAAAGUAUGGGAUCUCAAUAUGGAUUCGCGACCCAUAGAGUCAUAUUUAGUUCACGAAUAUUUACGUUCAAAACUCUGCAGUUUAUACGAAAACGAUUACAUUUUCGAUAAGUUUGAGUGUUGUUUCAAUGGCACCGAUUCUUACAUAAUGACGGGAUCGUAUAAUAACUUCUUUAAAAUUUUCGAUCGACAAACAAAACGUGAUGUUAUGCUCGAGGCGUCCAAAGAGAUCGCAAAACCGCGCACUAUAUUAAAGCCGAGAAGAGUGUGUACAUCUGGUAAGAAGAAGAAGGAUGAGAUAAGUGUAGACAGUUUAGACUUUAACCGCAAGAUUCUGCACACGGCGUGGCACCCAAACGAGAACAUCAUAGCCGUCGCCGCCACCAAUAAUCUGUACCUCUUUCAAGACAGACAAUAG